AUGGCAGCACAUAUUUCCAAACCCAUCCCGGCUCUUUACACGGUCUAUGUACUGCGCUCAACAAUUCGCCACGCCUCUGUUUACAUUGGCUCAACACCAAAUCCUCCACGCCGGCUGAAGCAACACAAUGGAGAGGCGAAAGGCGGAGCCGCUCGCACAUCGCGGGAAAAAUUAAGACCAUGGGAGAUGGUUGCCAUCGUCUCCGGAUUCCCAAGCAUGGUUGCCGCACUGAAGUUCGAAUGGGCCUUGACCAAUCCCCACUCAUCUUUACAUAUCCCUGGUGAAUCUCGGAUUGCAGUAUCCAGGGGGAGAAAAAGAAACGGGAUGCCCAAGAGGCCGAUCCACACUCUCAAGUCCAUUAUGUCAAAUCUCCACCUUCUUACCGGAGUUCGAAGCUUUUCCCGUUGGCCCUUGAAGUUGCACUUUUUUGCCAAGGAUGCGCAUCUAGCUUGGAACGACUGGCUCGCAUCAUCAAACGAGUCGCCCAGGUCGGGCCUGACGCUGUUGGAGGAAUAUAAGCCUUCCGUAUCAGGGUCAUUAGAGACACCACGAACCAUCCAUGAUCUGCCUCUUGACUACAACCACAUCGCAGAUUAUGUCCAAAAGGCCCAGAAUGUGGUCAUGUUCGAGCAGGAAGGUCAUUGUGUUCAUUGCGGCGGCGAGAUCGCCUCGACCCAAGACCUCCUUCCAAUGUGCCCGAACCGAGGGUGCAGGGCAAUGGGUCAUCUAACUUGUUGGAGCAAACAUGCACUGGGUCCAGAUAAUGAUGGAACGAUCAUCCCUGACCAAUGCACAUGUCCGUCUUGUGGAGGUGAUUUGCGCUGGGGCGACAUGAUGAAAGAAUUGACACUGAGAGUCAGAGGAGCGAAGGAUAUCGAGAAGGUGCUUAAGAAAAAGAAGAAGCAAGAUGCAAAUAAUCCAGCCUAG